AUGGAGAGCAGAGAAGGUCACGAGAAUGACCAAUCAUUUUGUCUCCAUGUGCUUUCAUCACACAUGACAUUAUUUGGGUUGAUCUUGGAAAACAGUCAGCUGUAUGAGAACUCUGAACAAGAUAGCAAAAGCAAACAGCUAUUACAGGAGUUGGCCCUGUUGGUGUCACAUGAUUACCCCUCUGUGGAUGUCAUGCUUAACAAAAUGUCUGGCAUCAUCCUGCCAGUUACACAUGUGUGUCAGUUAGCCAAUAAAAGAAACGCAGCGCUUCCUGGGACUGAUGUUUCUAGCCGAGCUGAUGAGCGCUUCCUGGAAGACUUUGCGGUUUACUGCGCUUUAGGAUUAGAGAAAUUUAACACGCAGCAGAUGGGAGAUAAAAUCAGAGCCAAACUGGAUGUGACUAAAGAGGUCUUAUUUUAUCAGAUCUCGGCUUCACAAGAGGAGCUUCAAGCCCUGGAGGAGGCCAUUAUCCCAUCAGCAGACGUUCUCUGUCUACGGGAUUUUGGCUUCAGUGAUUUUGACAUGUCACAGAUGGCCAUGGCUCAGGCUGUUGUGCGCAUGCUCUUGGAUCUCAACCUACUCCAGGAAUUCAGCAUUGACUACAAGAGCCUGUGUCAGUGGGUGUUGAGUGUAAGGAAGGGCUACAGGAACGUAGCCUAUCAUAACUGGUGUCAUGCAUUAAGCACCGCCCAGUGCAUGUUUGCCAUACUCCAGGCAGCAGAUGAACUCAAGGGAACUAGUAAUUUAUUAUGCUGUACAUGUGACAUUUCUAAAUUUGCCCUGUUCUCUUAUCUUCUGUUUUAUAGGAGUAACCAGCCUCUGCUGUAUGGCCAUUCAUCCCUGGAGCAUCAUCAUUUUGAUAUGUGCCUUCUCAUUCUCAACAACCCUGUACGAUCCAUCCAUCCAUCCAUCCAUCCACUCAUACUUCUAUUCAUAACUCACUCAUUCAAUUUAAUACAGUUUAUUGAUUCAUUUAUUGAUUUUAAAACAAAUCCAAUUAUAAAAUCAAUUCUUUUCCACCCUUGUCUCUCUCAGGGCAGUCAGAUUGUCAGCUCGCUCUCUAAGAAAGAUUACAAGGCUUGUGUGCAGAUGAUUGAGAAGAAAAUUCUGGCAACAGAUCUUACUUGCUUCUUCAGGAAGAGAACUAUGUUCUUUGAGCGUGCUCAAAACAGCAGCUGUCUGUGGAAGGAUGAAGACCGCACAGAACUGUUAAGGUCAAUGCUAAUGACAGCAAGCGACGUAUGUGCAAUAACCAAACCAUGGCCUGUUCAGAAACGGAUUGCUAAACUUGGUGCAACCGAGUUCUUAGGAGACAGAGAGAAGUGCGAAUUUAAAACGCAGCCAAUUAAUGUGAUGGAUCGAGAAAACUUUACACGCUUACCUCACAUGCAGGUCGAUUAUAUUGACGGGAUUUGCUCACCGCUCUACAAGGCCCUGGCCAGCAUAUUCCAGUCCUGUUCCCCUUAGAAAGUGGAGAAGAGGAAGAAAGAAAAGGAACAGAAAAUGAAUGAUAUGAGGAAG